UUUCACCGAUAACAAUUCAAUAAAGAAGUCUACCUCAUAGACAUCUCUUUACAUUUCAAUUCCGUUUCCAUAUUUUACAAACAAUAUUUCUUUCACAAAUCGAUACGAGUCUCGUGAAAUACACAAUGUCUUCGGUUAUAAAUGUUCUCUUCGUCGUCCUAGUCUUUGUCCCGUCUAUAUACUCGGCACCACCACCAAAUUUAACAAAAGAUUAUUACCAAAAAACAUGUCCCGAUUUCAAUAAAAUCGUACGUGAAACCGUUACACCAAAGCAAGGCCAGCAGCCAACGACAGCUGCUGGAACACUCCGUCUCUUUUUCCAUGAUUGUUUCAUGGAAGGAUGUGAUGCUUCCGUCCUUAUCGCUACAAAUUCUUUCAACAAAGCCGAACGUGACGAUGACCUCAACGAGUCGCUUCCGGGAGAUGCAUUCGACAUUGUGACUCGCAUCAAAACCGCUCUUGAAUUGUCUUGUCCCGGGGUGGUGUCCUGCGCAGACAUCCUGGCUCAGGCCACACGUGACCUUGUCACAAUGGUUGGUGGGCCUUUCUAUGAAGUCAAACUGGGCCGUAAAGAUGGUUUUGAGUCAAAAGCCCAUAAAGUCAAAGGAAAUUUACCUUUAGCGAACCAAUCCGUCCCCGACAUGUUAUCGAUAUUCAAGAAGAAUGGUUUCACUCUAAAGGAGCUGGUUGCGUUAAGUGGCGGGCACACAAUCGGAUUCUCACACUGCAAAGAAUUCAGCAACCGGAUAUUCCCGAAGGUUGAUCCAGAACUCAACGCGAAAUUCGCAGGAGUUCUUAAAGAUCUAUGCAAGAAUUUCGAAACCAAUAAGACGAUGGCAGCAUUUCUCGAUCCGGUGACACCGGGAAAAUUCGAUAAUAUGUAUUUCAAGAACUUGAAACGAGGUCUUGGACUGUUAGCUUCCGACCAUAUAUUGUUUAAAGAUCCUAGCACGAGACCGUUUGUAGAAUUAUAUGCGAAUAAUCAGACGGCUUUCUUCGAGGAUUUUGCACGUGCCAUGGAGAAACUAGGCAGGGUUGGUGUUAAAGGCGAAAAAGAUGGAGAAGUGAGACGUAGAUGUGAUCACUUCAACAAGCUUAACGUAUAAGUAGCAUAAACAGAAGAACAUCAUUGACUUCGAUCGGUUUUCUUUGUAUUUUUUUUUUAAUAAAUGUAUUUAUAAAUAAGUAAGUUAAUGUAACAAUUUUGAGUGCCUAAAAUUUACAAAUAAUCUUUGUUAUAUAGAGAGCAUUAGAUCUUACUUUAUGGAGGAGAAUACAAAUUCAAGUUCUUGAG